ACGGCGUCCGGGAAGGGCAAGAAAGGGGAAGUAAUAAAUCGAGGGAGAAACCGGAGCGCUUUAAAAAUGUGAAAUCUGCUCUCGAUAACGUGUGCGUGAGGGCCAGCGCUGAGGUUUUCGAUGAACUGAGAGCAGAACGGGGAAUGACGGGCAGCGUGCGGAUUGGGAGGGAGGCGCAGUCGUGGAUAUCUGUCCGUAGAAAGGAAGAAAGAAUGAGAAGUGGGAGGGGCAAAAUGCACGGUGGGCGGGGCAAAUGCAAAGUGGGAGGGGCAAAAGGCGGGAGCGACGCCGUCAGCGUGUGUGGGGGGCAGAGCCGCUGGGAGGUAUGUGGGAGGAGGAAGAUUUUCAACUCUCCGAGGCUCUGAUUUCACCAGAGGAAAUCCUGAGACAGCGUGUAGACACACACACGCACGCACGCAUGCACACACACACACACGCACGCAGGGACUGAGCUGGACCUUUUCAUGGUGAAGGAAGAGCGUUCGGAUCCCGGUCCCACACACUCCAGCGGAUGACCGACUGAGGGAAGGAGCAGAACCUGGGGCUGGGCACCAUGAUGUCCCAGGAGGCCCUGCACCCUCCUCCCCGCUGCGUGCGCUCCGUCUCCAUGGACUCCAUGGAGGACUACUGGAGUGAGGUGAGGAGCAUCACGGAGAACGGGCCUGGCUGCCAGGAUGAGCCGCCGGACGAGCGCGUUGACGAGGCGGAGCUCGAGGAGGCGUGGCUUCAGGAGGCGGGCCUCUCCGCCCUGCUGUGCGGGGUCCCGGGGGACACGCCGGCCGAGGCCCUCCUGUCCACCCUCACCCGCUCGCAGGCGGCGCUCGUCCACAAGCGGCUGGACAACUACACCCAGACGCUGCGCAAACGCAACAAGCAGUCCGUCCGCCACGUUCGGGACGUCUUCCCCGGUUCCGACCCUCCGCCUGGGAAGCCACGCGAAGCAGCCCCUCACAUCUCUUCUGAUGGCCAGGUGCCCCCGUGGGCCCCGACACAGGAUCACUCCUCAGGCUGCAUGUCAGAUGACCCACCUGUGAGGGAGACCCUUCUGUUUGACGUCCCCUACUCGGAGGGGGCUUCCGCCGCCCGCAAGGAGUCCGGCUGUCAGGGCUGUCUGAGGGUCGGGAGGGACGAUGCGCCGCUGCCUGUAUUCCUCCCGCCGAGCCCCAAGCUGGGACUCACCGGAGCGCAGGACCUCUCGUCGGAGGACAUGAAGAAGAUCGGCUACAUCUCGUUGAUCGAGCUCACCACGUUCUACGACGCUCUGGGCGUCGAGCUGAAACGGAACCGGACGACCCGCGGCAAGACUCGCGAGAGCGGCCUCUUUGGAGUUCCCCUCGCGACUCUGCUGGAGAACGACCGGAAGAAACUCCCCGGGUCCAAAGUCCCCCUUGUUUUUAAAAAGCUGCUCAGCAAGCUGGAGCAGACGGGCCUGCAGACAGAGGGCAUCCUGAGGGUGCCGGGCUCCGCUUCCAGGGUCAAGCACCUGCGCCAGGAACUGGAGGCCAAGUUCUACGAGGACCGGUUUGACUGGGAGCAGGUCCGGCACAACGACGCCGCCGGUUUGUUGAAGAUGUUCAUCCGCGAGCUGCCGCACCCCCUGCUCACCCUGCAGCACCUCCCGGCUUUCCUGGCCGUGCAAAGUAUCUCUUCAUACAGACACCAGAUCCAGGCCCUGCAUUUGCUCAUCAUGCUGCUGCCUGAGCCCAACAGAGACACGCUGAAGGCUCUUCUGGAGUUCCUCAGGAAGGUGGUGGCCCACGAAGAGGAGAACCGCAUGAGCUUGUGGAACGUCUCUAUGAUCGUGGCUCCCAACCUCUUCGUGUCGCGUGGCAAGAGCGCCAAGCUGGAGGAGAUGCAGGGGGCGGCCGGGGCGGCCCACCUGGUGCGUCUGCUCAUCACCAACCAGGACCUGCUGUGGACGGUGCCGUGCUUCCUGAUCUCACACCUCAGGAAGCUGAACGAGGCCUCCUCCGGCAAGAAGACACCCAGGUCCGAGAAGGGCAAGAAGAACCUUCUGAAGAGGUGGAACAUGGAGCGCAACAAAGGGGAGAAGAUGGAGCUGUCCGGCCUGCUGGUCGACGGCCUCAUUCGGGUUCACGCUCCCCUGCACGCCAAGGUGUCCAUGGCCCUGCUGCUGGAUGGGGAGACCAAGGCCAAGGACGUGAUGGCGCGCUUCGACUGCGAGAACGGGAGAGGCUCUCGAAGUGCUGUCAAGCGGAACAGACAGUAUUUGUUUGAGGUCGGGGGAAACAUAGGCGAGCGCUGCUUGGACCCGGAGACGUACCUUCUCGACUUGUACCACGUGAACCCCAACUGCGAGUGGGUCUUUAAACCCCGGAACACCUGAAGAUGCCCAUUUGGACUUACAGGCCGAUAACAGCAAAGCACCAACAGCAUGAUGGGAUGUCAACCCCCCCCGAAGACUGUCCAAAGGAACGCGCGUACUCGGAGCGAGGAAGAGCGACGUCGAUCUGGGUUCGGCACUAAAGACGCGCGUUCGUUGACGUUAAACUGCUCAGCAGCCUUUCCGGAGACGGGAAAGCUGGCGAGCUCUUCAGACUUAACGAACUUUGUCCUGGAGACCAACUGAACCGCUACAAGGUGGAGCCAAACCAGCCUGUGGUGGAAAACGAAACUGUCUUCCUUGCCGUGCCUGGGAUUACCUUGUUUCACCAUGGCCCACAGGAGGCCACGCUUGCUAUCCGGACCAGUUGUGCUAAAUGUGAAGAGUAGCGUGAGUAGACGGUAACUGUGGCCAAGCAGAUGUCCACCCGCUCGGGCUUAUACCCUACACUCUUUUUACCACACCCAAUACAAUGACCUUGUAAAAAUGUAAAUGCGUAAUAUUUAUAUCACUAAUUUAUCCCACCUUUGUAUUUGAUAAACUGUAGACACUACAACGCUGAACUUUCUGCCAAGAAGUGCUGUGUGUUGAUGUGCGAGGGGCGUGCGCUAUAAAGCCGUCCUCACAGUGACCACUACGUCCAUCUGCAAUGCGGGACAGAGCUUCCUAUGGGUCAGUGUUCAUUCAGCGGUUAAUGUCAUUGCUUUGCUCUGGUGGAAUGGGACUUUUGAGAUGAGGCCCCUGGUGCUGUAGGAGGGGACGGCCGGAUCAUUUCACCCUGGAUGCGGAGGACGCCUGUCCGCUGUUUGGCGAGGAGCGCAGCCUGGACCGAGCUGGCCUUGGGAUCAGAUUUGGUGGCCUGCCCGGUUGACCUUGUGGAGGGAAUGAAUGUCCGUUCCAAAACUAGCACCCCUGUGAAGUGUGGACGGAAGACAAAGAGAAACCGUAGGCCGUUUGACAUGGACUCUGGAAACGAAGCGCACCAAACAAAUAACAGCUCAAAGGAAGGAAUUAAGUUUAGUCUGACAGUGUUAAAGUUGCUCAGCAUGCUGCCUGAGCACUUCCGCUUGGCCUUUCUGGAGUUGUCCCACAUGUGUGGAGAUGGUCCCCGAUCUGCGAUGCUAAAAACGGACUGAAAAAGUGCCAUUUGUAGGACAAGCACGUACAGGGGGACCAUUUUUCCCAUAGGAAAUAAAGGAAAAUGUCAUAAACGUGAAACGACAAUUGACAAGCAUGCAGACCUACUCAGCUUUUUGUAUUUUUGCUGACGCUGCCGAAGACUCUGUUUGGACAACUUUUGAACGUGAAUAAACAGAAACUAUAAGAAGAUGUGUCCUACUGCAUAAAUCCACGUUUUGUGCAGGGAAACAUCGCGGCGCAAGUAAUAUUUACACGUGUGACACGGUCAUCGGAGGAGACACGUCUGUGAAAGAGCGUCCAGUCGGGACCAUCGGUAGUGUCUUGAUCAGUGACCUCGAUGUCAUACAGGUGUUUUUUUGAUGUAAAGUAUAUUUAUUUACUCAUCUAAC